ACUUUGAGCAUGCCACGAAAAGUAGAAAACCUCGUUGACUUUGAAAGUAAAGUCCACUACCCUGAGGAGCAGAAAUCUCCAGUGACCAAAUUAAAAUCUGUUGUUGCGGAAUGGGGCGCCUCUUGCGACGUGAAAGGCUACAUCUUGAGUCUGGUCCCUAUCGUGAACACUUUGCGAAGCUACAAACUGAAGACAUACAUUCCCAACGAUGUGGCUGCGGGGCUGACCACAGGUAUCAUCAUGGUACCCCAGGGGAUGGCCUUCGCCGCCUUGUCCACUCUGCCUCCUAUCGUGGGACUGUACGUCGCCUUCUUUGCCUCAAUCUCUUACGUUCUUUUCGGGACGGGCCGGCAAGUGUCAUGGGGCUGUAUUGCCAUUUUGAGUCUGAUGAUGGCGGAUGUGUUGGACAAGUAUGCUCACGAGAGCGAGCAGCCUGACAGUAACGCCACUUCUGCCGACACACUGGGGAAUUUGACAUCGGAGGACAGGAAUUCUUUGACAUUGUCAGAUGAGAGAAAGAUGGAAUUCGCCAGUAGUAUUUCGGUUGUGGCCGGUUUGAUUUUCAUAGCAGCGUCUCGUAUCGGUCUGAGCCGAAUAACGCGUCUUAUGUCCAACUCUCUCAUCACAGGCUACACCAUAGGUUUGUCCACCCAUGUGCUCACCAGCCAGUUCACGAGUGUCCUUGGCAUAUCUGUGUAUCGCUACAAAGGACUCUUUAAACUUAUCCGAACGUGGAUUGAACUCUGUGCAAAGAUACCGGAUACCAAUGUGGCUUCACUGAUCAUAACUUUGUGUUGCAUCGCCUUGACCUUUCCUGUGAAAAAGUUUAUCAACGAAAAGUUCAGACAUCGACUCCCAGUCCCCGUGCCUAUAGAAUUAGUCAUUUUGAUUUUGGGCACGCUGGCUUCGUAUUACGGAGGCUUCAACGAGAACUUCGGAGUUGACGUGAUAGAGGACGUGCCUACAGGAAUUCCAGAACCGAAACUUCCGGAUUUUGUUCUCGUUCAAAGCUACAUUGCUGAUGGUCUAGUCAUUGCCGUUGUGGCAUACGCUCAGACGCUGUCAGUUGCGAAAACGAUGGGUCUGAAAAACGGUUAUUCUGUAGACGCCGACCAGGAGAUGAUGGCUAGUGGACUGAGCUUCAUUAUCUGCGGGUUCUUUUCCGGCUAUAUAGCCGCGGGGUCAGUGAGUGCGAGUUUCGUCCAAGACAGUAUGGGCGGGAAGACGGUGUUGGCGUCACUGUUCGCCUCCUGUGUCGUUCUUCUAGUCAUCAUGGUGCUAGGUCCCUACUUCUACUCCCUACCCAUGUGUGUGCUCGCCGCGAUAAUCAUCGUGAACUUGAUUCCCGUGUUCAGUAAGCUGCUGACAAUUCCGACUCUCUGGCGUAAGUCAAAGAAGGACUGUAGCGUGUGGGUCUUCUCCGUGUUCGCCACAAUCUUCCUCAACGCGGAUAUUGGACUUAUAGCUAGUGUCAUCUUCUCGCUCCUGACCGUGUUUUACACAUCUACACGGGAACCCGUAACUGUAGUUGGCCAGGUAAGCACUGAGUCUUCAGGCGUACAACUAAGGUCCCUUACUUACUACCCGUCCGCUGUAGCCGCUGAUGAGGUCAAGGUGAUUCGAAUUAAUACCCCACUCUAUUUCAUAAACUCUGAUGCUUUCAUAACGAGUGCGUUUACCGCUGUGGGCGUUGAUCCACUGGAAGUCAAAGCUGCUAUGCAAAAUGAAAAUGUUCGCCAGAUAACACCAGACGUGAGAAGACGCUCUACUAGGAAGGACUCUCAGUCAUCUAACCAAGCACUCCUCUUUGAAGUUUCGUGGAAAGCAGACGAGGACGGAAGCCUUGGACUGAGCAAAACCUACAGCGCGGCGUGGGAGAGCGAUGACGUCGUAAGUGCGGUGCGGCCGCCUGGAGUCACGGUGACGUCAGUGGUCCUAGACGUGUCGGAAGUGUCCUUCAUUGACGUCAUGGGCGUUCAGGCUUUAGAGCAUGUGAUUGACCAGCUGUGCUCUGUGGGCAUCCGGGUGGGUGUAAUCCGGGUCCCCGAAACUAUCUUCGCCAUGUUCAAGUCUACGGGCUUCUGGGAAAGAUGUGGUCAUCGGCUCUACCUUGAUCUGAAGGCCGCUUUCAGAGCAAUGGGCCUUGACUCAUCUGUCAUUGAGUCCGGAAGCCAGUUCAGCCGACUUAUACCUGCCAACACCCCCCUUAGUAAAUAAACAAUUUAAUUUGUCUAAGUUUUUUUGCUCUCUAGAGAUUUUCUAACGUUGAAUUGUUUAAACAGACUGCGCGCUUGAGUUUAUCACACAGAGAGCUUCGACGGGUUUUGUUAACACUAUAUACAUUUUUCCCACUUUUUGCUCACCUUAACGUAGGACGGUAAA